AUGGCUGAGAAAGGGGGCAUUACUAUGCGCGUGUUCCAGGAAGCAGAAAUUGAGAACCGGAUUGCAGAGCUGCGUAGAGAGGGAUUCUGGACCCCAAGACGACUCUCUAAAUUUCCAGAACCUAAUCGACCAAAGGUACAAUGGGACUAUUUGUGUGAGGAGAUGCAAUGGCUCGCUGCAGAUUUUGGACAAGAGCGCCGGUGGAAGAGAGGCGUGGCCAGAAAGGUAGUACGAAUGGUUGUCCGGCACCACGAGGAGCUGAAGCAGAAGGAGGAGAGGGCUCGGCGGGAAGAACAGGGAAAGCUGAAGCGGAUUGCUACCUCUAUUGCUAAGGAAGUCCGGCAGUUCUGGAGUAAUGUAGAGAAGGUGGUCCAGUUUAAGCAGCAGUCUCGGCUGGAAGAGAAGCGGAAGAAAGCGCUGGACCUGCAGCUGGAUUUUAUAGUUGGUCAGACAGAAAAGUAUUCCGACCUCCUCAGCCAGAGCCUUAGUGAAACAAUGCCUAUGAGCAAGACCAGUUCUUCCUGCGUUGGUUCUUCUCAAGGGGGUUCAUUGAGGACCAGUCCUACCCCAUCUGUUUGCCACAAAGAUGGAGACUUUCUUCCUCACGAGGAUGAUGAGGAGGAGGAAGAUGACGAGGAAACCAUAGAGAUGGAGGAGCGGCAGGAAGGAAAUGAUGCAGAGGCACACCGUUUGGAACUUGAACUCCUCAGAAGGGAGAGUGAACUGCCCCUAGAUGAGCUGCUGCAGAACUUACCUCCUGAAAUCCUGCAAGAAGACAUCGACGUGCCGGAUCAGUUACACAACCACCAGCAUUCAGACACUGAGGAGGAGGAGGAUGGUGAAUUUACUGCAAAUGAGGAUGAAGCCGAGGAUGAGGAGGAUACUAUCCAGGCAGAGGAAGAGCUCGCGGGACAGCAGGACCACGUGGAGGAGCUCUGUCAGCUGGCUAGAGAAGGAGAGAUGUCCUUAGACGACCUGCUGCUAAAGUACUCUGUGGUACAGUCUGAGGAGGAGCUGUCUGAUCAGAGUGGAGACAGUCAACUGUCCGAUCAGGAGACAUCUGAGUCUUCAAAUUGUGAAUCAUCGGACUGUGAAUCGGAGGGAGUAGAGUUUCUUCUCAAGCAGGAUGACGAUGGUCCUGGGAUUGACCAAUUGCAGCAAGAUGUCCCAGAACCUAAAAAGGAAAUUACUGAUAUUGCAGCAACUGCCGAAUCUCUGCAACCCAAGGGUUAUACCUUAGCUACCACACAGGUGAAGACGGCUGUUCCGUUCCUGCUUCGUGGGGACCUUCGUGAAUACCAGCACAUUGGGUUGGAGUGGCUGGUGACCAUGUAUGAGAAGAAGCUGAAUGGUAUUCUGGCCGAUGAGAUGGGUUUGGGGAAAACCAUUCAGACCAUCUCCCUCCUGGCACAUCUGGCCUGUGAUCGGGGAAAUUGGGGUCCUCAUCUGAUUAUCGUUCCAACCAGUGUAAUAUUAAACUGGGAGAUGGAGUUGAAACGUUGGUGCCCCAGUUUCAAAAUACUGACAUAUUAUGGUUCCCAGAAAGAACGCAAGCUGAAAAGACAGGGCUGGACAAAGGCCAAUGCUUUCCAUGUGUGCAUCACCUCCUACAAGCUGGUGCUACAAGAUCACCAGGCCUUCCGCAGGAAGAACUGGAGAUAUCUCAUCCUAGAUGAGGCCCAGAACAUUAAGAAUUUUAAAUCCCAGCGCUGGCAAAGUCUCCUGAACUUCAACAGUCAGAGACGACUGCUGCUCACUGGCACGCCUUUACAGAACUCCUUGAUGGAACUGUGGUCUCUCAUGCAUUUCCUGAUGCCUCACGUCUUCCAGUCUCACCGGGAGUUUAAGGAGUGGUUCUCCAAUCCAUUGACGGGCAUGAUUGAGGGGAGUCAAGAGUACAAUGAGGGUCUGGUGCGCAGAUUGCAUAAGGUCUUGCGCCCCUUCCUCUUGCGCAGGAUUAAGCUGGAUGUAGAAAAGCAAAUGCCCAAGAAAUAUGAGCAUGUCAUCUACUGCCGGUUGUCCAAGCGUCAGCGUUUCCUAUACGAUGACUUCAUGGCGCAAGCAGCCACCCGGGAGACCCUGGCCAGCGGCCACUUCAUGAGUGUGAUUAACAUCCUGAUGCAGCUCCGGAAGGUGUGUAAUCAUCCCAACCUGUUUGAUCCACGUCCGAUUCACUCGCCCUUCAUAACCAGCACUAUCUGCUACACUGUUCCCUCUUUGGUCCUUCAUGCUCUCCAGCGACACCCACUCGAGCAUGUGGAUUUCUCCUUGUGUGAUCUCAUUAACAUGGAGGGGCGUGUAAGCCGGUAUGAGAGUGACAUGUUCCUGCCCCAGCACAAGCCCUCCCGCACACUUAUACAAGAGAUCGCAGACUCCCCAGAGCCCCCGCCUAGGCCUCGUCCUCUCAAGAUGAAGGUGAACAGGAUGCUGCAGCCAGUUGUGAAACCUGAUCCUCGUUCUGUGGUUGUAGUCAAUAGUUCCCGGCCGGUGCAGAGAGCCCCAGACAUGCCCUCUACAUCCUUACCUGCCACCCUUCCUCCCUCCGCCUCAUCCCCCUCCUCUGAAGCUGUCACAGUAGCCACGGGACCUGCACAAACUGCUCCGAUCCCACAGGCACCACCCUUGGUCCAGCCUUCUGCGUGCCCUGUGCCCGUUACACAAGUAGUGAGUGGAGUAGGAAAGCCGGUUCCGGUGCAGAACUUCCAGCCUGCUUACACUGGGGCUCAGAGGUUUAUUUUGACUCCUGACAUGCAAGCCCGGUUGCCCUCCGGAGAAGUCAUCAGCUUGUCACAGCUGGCAUCUCUCAGUGGACGUCCUCUGCAGAAUCCAUCGGUCACUAAGCCACUCACUUUGCAGCUGCAGGGUGCCAAACUCACGUUAAGUGGCGCUCAGAUGCGGCCGCUGGGUGUGGGGCAGCCUCGGCCAAUGCAGGGGAAUGUUCUUCACCUGGUCUCUUCUGGUGGACAGCAUCAUCUCCUGAGCCAGCCGGCACAGCUUGCCCUAAUCCAGGCCUUAGCGCAGCAGGCGGCAGCUCCUACAGCCUCUGUGCCCUCGCAGCUGGUGCAGAAUAGUGUCCAGGCGUUAUCUGUCCAGUCCCUGCAGCACACAUUGCUGAACAGCGCGAACAUCCCGACUUCUGCGGCCGCUGGCAUGGCACCGCCUGGGCAAGUGUCGGCCUCGGGCGUUGUGAAGAUUGUGGUUAGACAGGCCACCAGAGAAAUCCCAGCAGCUCCACAGCGUCUUCCUCUAGCUCCACCAGUGCGCCCACUGCUCCGUUUCAUGCCUGGUCCACAUCCAGAGCAAGUGAACGCACGAGAGGGAUUUGGGGAGAGGGCGGCUCCUGUUGUUGCCACCUCCACACUAACCCUGGCAAACAGUCCCCUGCUUAUGGUGUCCAGUCCAGCGCUGGCCUCGAGGCUUCCUUCUCCCAGUCCUGUGCCUCCUAGUACAGAGGACUCCCCAGCCCCUCCUAUGUCUGGGGUGGCACUGCGACUUCUGGCGACGGGCACUUCUGCCAUGCAGCUGACAAACCACCACUCAUCCCCUCCCAGACAUACACAAAGCCCUGCCCUCCCUCAUUCUUCUCCAAACUGCUCCGCAGCGCAGAUUGUAGGUCCUGACUGUGGCCCAUGUACCGUUCUCUAUAAACCUCACAACCCAGACACUGCCCUCACAGAUGCCCACACAGUACAGAACGGCAACGGACUGCAGAGGCAGGAGUCUCCUUCCCUGACCCCCAACAUCUGCGUACCUACUACUUGUACUGACAGCGCCCUUUAUGUCAACCUGGCGCCCAACUCGCCGUCACCUCCUUCCAGCAUACCCAAACUGGCGCCUCCCACGUACAACUUAAGCUUAGUACCCGCCCUUCUAGCAAACUCCGCUCCCGCCACAGUGUCCAGCUACAACCCUAUGCCCGCUCGUUUCCUGACCAGCCCGGUGUCUCUCCUCACGCUGUCUCCUCUGCCUACUACAAACAGUGGCACCGCCCCAGUCCUGUACACGCACCCUAGUGCCACCACCUUCACCACACUAUCUGCUCCCGUGCCAGCUACCUCCGUCUCUGCCACCCUGCCUUUAUUGGCUGCCCCUGUGUCUGGCCAGUUAGCACCAUUUGCUACUCAUUUACCCAUUCCGUCCGCCAAUAAGAGUUCCUAUUCUACAGCGGAGACUGCAACACCUGCUCUCCUCCCAGUGCUCUCUGCCCCGGCCCCCCGGCCAAUGCUCUCUGCCCCGGCCCCCCGGCCAGUACUGGCUGCCACGGCCCCCCGGCCAUCCCACCUGCCAGCGGCUACAGCUUCUCUGCUGGAGGCACCUAUGCUCAUGGCUCCUGAUGCCGUCCCAGUGCCUCUGCUGGAAGCUUCUGCUUCUGACUCGUUGCCCCCUUUGGUGCUUAAUACAGCUCUCAAAAUCCCCUCUGUGGCGUCGGCUCCUUUGCCUGUGUUGACUGCAUCUAGCGCAGUUUCAUUACUGGCGGCAGCGUCAUCAUCGUCAAAGGUGCCCAUUCCUCUGCUGAAUGUAAGCCCAGCUUCUAGCAUUCCAUUGCUGGCCGCAGCUCCCGCGCCCUCUCUCCUAACCCAGUCUCCAGUGUCAGCAUUUCAGGCUCCCAGUCCCUGCGAAUCGGCCUCCUCACACUCCAUUCCGGUCUCACUAUCCUCCUCUCUCCUGUCACCCACCUCGUGCCUCGUGCCUGCCAGGCCACACACCAUUCCCCUUCCUCCUCUGAGGGUUCCAGCUCCCCAGCCUUCAUUAUCAGUGCCUGCGUCUGCUCCAGCACCCCUGCCCUUCAUGCCAGCCUCCACUCCUAUUCCACUACCCCUGCUGCCAGCUUCUACGCCGGCUCCUGUGUCCUGCCUGCCUGUCUCCUCCCAUGACCCAGCGUCCUUGCUGCUGGUGCCUGCGCCAGCUCCUUCCCCAGUCUUGUCUUCCUCAAUGGCUGCUCCCACUCAUCCGUUAGAACCUGCCCCUGUUCCACAGCUGCGUUCCCCAGCCACCCAUCCCCUGGUUAUGUCCGUGUCCUCCCCCUCAGCUUUGCCGGCAGCCUCACCGUCAUUAGUGGUGUCCACUUCUUCUCACAUGCCUUUGCUGCCUUCCCAUGCGUUUUCUGCAGCUGCUCUGCGGCCCAUCCUUUCUUCUGGUGUAGCAGAGCCUAAGUCUGUGCCGUUACCCUGCUCCGCCCUGUCCAGCUCUGCUCCGCAGUACAGCGUAUCUCCCUCUACAACACCGAACGUGGAGAACACAGCAGUGACUAUCCCAGAGCAGUCUUUGUCGCUGUCCAUGGCUGGUCCUCCAGUGGUGAGUGUGACCCUCGGAACACCUACGGAGACUGACAUCUCACUGGAGGGAGAUGAAUCCCGCUCCUCGCAGAACUCCACGGCUCCUACAUCUGUGAGGCACCGACGUCAGCUGCCACCUCCGCCUCGUUCACCCUUCUAUGUGGAGUUGCUGGAGGAACGGCGUCGGAGACAGAAAGUGGAGCGUCUGGAAAGGAUUUUUCAUUUGAAUGAGAGAAGAUGCAGCCUGGCUCCUAUAUAUGGCACCGAGGUUCUAAGCGUCUGCACCCUGCGCCACAGCCUCCAGACCAGCGCACUAAGUAGCGUCAUCUUCACCCCAGAACAGCGCCUCCAGCAGCUGCGCCCCCUUAUUGAGAGGUUUAUAUUUGCGAUGCCUCCCGUGGAGGCCCCACCGAUUAGCCUGCAUACCUCUCAUCCUCCGCCCUCGCUCAUCCUUCAAGAGUCUGUGUUUAAAGACACAUUAUCCAGGGAACUGACCCCACACAGCCGCUGUCUGCAUCGCAUCAUCUCCAAUAUGAGGACGCAGUUCCCAGACCUGCGACUUAUACAGUAUGACUGUGGAAAGCUCCAGACCCUAGAUCGCCUGCUGCGCCAGCUGAAGUCAGGAGGCCAUCGGGUUCUGUUAUUCACUCAGAUGACACGGAUGUUGGAUGUCCUGGAGCAAUUUCUCAAUUAUCACGGACACAUAUAUCUGCGACUCGACGGGUCCACGCGUGUGGAGCAGAGACAGGUGUUGAUGGAACGGUUUAACAUGGACAAGCGCAUAUUCUGUUUUAUUCUGUCCACGCGGAGUGGAGGUGUGGGAGUCAACCUUACUGGGGCAGAUACGGUUAUCUUCUAUGACAGUGACUGGAAUCCUACUAUGGAUGCACAAGCACAAGACCGGUGCCACCGCAUUGGCCAGACACGAGAUGUUCAUAUAUACAGGCUGGUGAGUGAGCGCACUGUGGAGGAGAACAUCCUGAAGAAGGCCCAGCAGAAGCGUAUGUUGGGGGAUAUGGCCAUUGAAGGUGGAAACUUCACCACAGCCUACUUCAAACAGCACACAAUCAGGGAGUUGUUUGACAUGGAAGACGUACCCCGCAAAGACGUAGAUACCCGCGUGGCUUCCCCGGAUCACAGCUCAGAAGAAGGGGCCAGCACAGGACAAGCUCAGAUUCUGGAGCAGGCUCUGUGUGGGGCAGAAGAUGAGGAGGACACGCUGGCUGCCUCGCUGGUCCGUGCAGAGCAGGUUGCAGAUCUGGCAGAGUUUAAUGAGAAUAUCCCAUUGGAGGCAGAAGAGGAGGAGCAGAGUCGGGCAGAGCAGGAAAUUUCGGCGUUGGUGGAGCAGCUGACUCCUAUCGAGCGAUACGCAAUGUAUUACCUGGAGGCGUCCUUAGAAGAAGUCAGUAAAGAAGAAUUGAAACAGGCUGAGGAGCAAGUGGAAGCUGCUCGGAAAGAUCUGUUUCUUGCUAAGGAUGAGGGAGGACAGAUUACCGAGGAGAAAUGGGAGGAGGAAAUGAGGAGAAAUCGCCGGGUGCGUACCCCAACGCCUGCCAGGUCAUCAGAACGUGUCGGCGUCCGGAUGAGUGAGAGGCUGAGAGGAAACAAAGUAACAGAAAGCUCAGAUCUUACAGAGAGCCCACCUAUUCCAGACACUACAUCUCCGGCACAGGACGACGUAUGUGACCCAUCUCCUCAGACACCCACCCCACAAUGUGUCCCAGAGCAGGAAGCUCCCAGUCCCGUCGCAGAAACCCCUAAGAGCACAGAAGUUGCAGCAGAGUCUGAGUCCCUUACAGAGCCCCCUAGUGUCCAUCCCGUGCACACCAGCACAGAAGUAGAGUCUGUAAAAGAAGAGGCUCUUCCUAUGGAAACAGGAGGUGUGCCUGAGCCACCUAGCGAGAAUGUGCUAGAAAGCCCUUCACGUAUGCCCCAAGAGGAGAAUGCCCCGCCACGCACACCACGGCGGAAAGUCACUGCGGACUGCGAGAUUCUGCUUGCCGGAGCUAGCUCCAACUCGCCCACUGCAAAAGUGCUCAGACGCUUGCCAGGGCGGCUUGUUACAGUGUUGGAAGAGCGGAUUCCCACCCCUCGCCGCCAGAGCCGAGGAAGAGUACAGCAGCCAGUCACAGACAAUGGCACUCAGAGUCCUACUAUUCCUGGUUCUCAGAGCCCCUCUCACGAUCUUCUCUCUGAGGAGAACUCUGAGGCAGGAAGUCCUCCACCAAAGAGAAAGAGAGGAAGGCCUCCAAAGACUAGACCAGACAUGUCUCCCACUGCUGUCCCUCUGGAUAUGCCUACGUUCCCUGCCGAGUCUUGCCCUCAAGUUUCUCCUGAGCUGGAAACUUCUCCCCAUGGAACAGUCGCUGAGCUGGGAACUGUGAGAGUGCAGACUCCCGGAAGUCCCAGCUCUAACUUUAAGUUGAAUUCGGAAUGUGAAAGUUGUUCUCCAGUCGAGAAAAGGAAGAGAGGGCGACCCCCGAAAAGACGUGAAGCUUCCCCCAUUGUUACCUCACCAACAUCCCCCGUUUCAUUUCAUGGAGACUCUACUCCUAAUAUUUCUCAGUCAUACACUACAAAAACCACCCACAUAAAAUCUGGUUCCAUGUCUCCCACUGCUAACGCCAUCAUUCCCAAUGAAACUUCCAGCAUUCCUUUGGCAGGGGGGGAGGGCACGAGCAGCAGUGGCGUCGAUGAGCCGGUCACCCCACCAAAGCGUAAACGUGGUCGCCCACCUAAGUCCCAUGCCGUGUCCAAAGUGAACUCCAGGCCCAUUUCUCUCAAUGACAGAUUGGACAGUUCUCCAGACAGAACCCCCAGUCCCCAAAUCACAAGGACCCCUUUUCAGAGAAAACUGAAACCACUUAAGUCAGAAACCUUGGACACAAUGGAGCAUAAUUCUUCCCUGACUGAUACAGAUGACUCCUCUGGAGAUGAGGAGAUCAUUAUAAGGACUCCUUUGACCCGUAGCGCCAGGACUCGAAUGCAGACAAGCGACACACCUUCUGCAGUCACAAAGAACACCGGCUCAUCUUCCAGUAACCCCCGUGGGCGCUCUCCCCAUUCUGAUACUGUAAAAGAGAAAGCGCCCAACAAAAGACGGAAGCCUCCUAGUGUGAGUUCCCCAAGCCCUCCUUCAUCCUCUCCUCAUGGCAGUUCCAGCGAGAGGCAAACUGGUGGUAGAAAGCGUCACUGUCCCCCCGCAGAACGUAUUCUGCGCAGUUCCCUCACCGCUAACCCUGCCAGUAACACUCGGUCAUCGCGCCCCCCACUCCUUAAUUCUCCCAACAGCCACAGAGGCAGAAAAGCCAAAACGUGAGGGGCAGCAUUAAGCAGCAGGCUAUGUUUCAUCCCGAGUGACUGGGGGAACAGCUGAAAGGGCCCUAAUGAUCGCCCCCAAACGUUGGGACCGACUGCGUGUUCUCGGUGUGCCACAGCCCCAAAACUGAGAAACACAAUCUAUGCAAAGAGUAUGGGAAGAACGUGACUCCAUUUCAUUGACGGGGUUUCAGGUGUUAAGUUAUAACUGUGGACUUGCAGGUAUUUGGGUUGUUGGGCCCUGUAGUAUUAGACAGGUAACAGAAGGUAUGACCUGAGGCUGGGAAAGCCCUUGGUCUUUUGGAUCUAGAACCUGUAGUCUCUGGACAUGUUUCUACAGAAGUUCCUGUAAUUCUUUCAUGAAAAUAAAGUGUUGAGUAAAUUGUG